AUGCACCGCUGGGGCUUUAUACCCGUUUUUCUGUUAUGCCUGCUCUUACUCCACAGCCAGGAAACCGGCGCGCCCGCUGGCUAUAAAACAUAUUACCAGACAGCAGAACAGUACUAUCGCCUGGCAGAUGCUACAGAAGUUACCGAUAGUCUUGCAUUGCAGGCCUACCGUCGGAGCAUCCUCCUUUUACAGAAAGCACAAAUUGUUAAUGAUAUACUGAUUGACAGUUAUACCAAAUGCGGUAUCCUGCUGAUGAGCGCCGGUAAUAAUGCACAGGCAUUGCAGGCGUUUCAAUCGGCCAUUGCAGCCUUUCCUGCAAAGCAGCAUUUGCCGGAUUCACUGCUGUUUAAAUCUUAUUUAUAUGCUGGAAGUAUUCACUACCUGCAGAACGAUCUGGAUACAGCCAUCAGCUACUAUAAAAAAGCAGAAGCUGUUGUCCGGCAGUAUCCUUCUGUAAGUGAGUCUGAACGUUUGUACAACAAACUGGGUGCUUUGUAUUAUGAAACCGGAGACUACCGCAGAAGCAUUCCCUAUUACGGAAAAGCCCUUUCCAAAGUGAUGGAAAAAAAGCCUGCAGACACCAAUUUUAUUGUUAACUAUAAAAACAAUAUUGCUUCAUCGCUGCUGAAACUUGGCUUGUAUGCACAAGCGCUUGAGAGCUACAAAGAGCUGCUCCAAUACCACAGAAAUGAAGAAGGCCUGUACAGCAAUAUCGGCAUUGCUUUUCUGCAGCAGGGUGAUCCCAAAAUGGCGUUACAAUACUUCCGGCAGGUAAAGCAGAUGAGUGUGGUAAAGUUCAACAAUGUUACAAGGAUAUUUUUGGCUUUGCAGCAAUAUGAUUCUGCAGCCUGGUACAACCAGCGGUCCCUGGAUAUGCUGCAGCAAUCUUCCCAAAACAGCCGGGCUGUAGACUGGGGACUGGCACUGAAAAACAAAGGCGACAUCAGUUGUAUGGCAGGUAAUGCGCGCAGCGGUUUGCAGUAUUACCAGGCUGCUAUUGUAAGGCUGGUACCCGGCUUUACAGACAGCAGCACCAGCAGUAAUCCGCAGGUUUUCAGCGGCCUUCAAAAUUUUUCUUAUGUAUUUGAUCUGCUUACUGCCAAGGGAAAAGCAUUCACCCAGCUGAGCGCACAGGCAACAGGCAUGCAGCAGCAUGCAUUGGCUGCCUAUAAUGCAGCCCUUGCACUUUCGCGGUAUGUAGAACGCACGUAUUCUUCAGAUGAUGCCAGGUUGUUUCUUAAAAAUAAGGUCAAUCCCGCCUGCGGAGAAGCUGUUGCAGUGGCGCUGGCGCUAUAUGAAAACAGUAAAGACACAGCCUUUCUGACAGCUGCUUUUGGAUACGUAGAAAAUAAUAAGGCCUCUGUUUUGCAGGCCGGUGAGCAGCAACUUGAAUUAUCCGGCAUUGCCGGCUUGCCUGCAGCAUUGAUGGAAGAAGAGAAAAAAUAUAAGUAUUUAAUAGCGAGGUUAAGCAUUCAGCUGUCGCAGGUACAGGACAGUACCCAGGUACAGGUAUUACAAAAGAAAAUGCGCGAUACAGAAUUGUUGCUUUCCUCUACCCAGGAUAAACUGGACGAGAAUGCUGCUUAUCACCGCCUGAAAUUCAACGCAAAGGAAUUAAGCCUCGGUGAAAUCAAAGAACAAUCGGCAGCCAUUCAGCAGGCGGUGCUUUCUUAUUAUUAUACAGGUAAACAGUUGAUUUGCUUUUACAUUACUCCCGCAGAAACAGGUGUUUCUUCGGUACCAUUAACAGACAGCUUUUUUACUGCCAUCAGCGGCCUUCGCGCAGCACUGGAAACGCCGGCAUCAGCGGAUCGCGCAUCGGUGAAUGUGUUCACACAGCAGCUGUUUCGGGAAUUGGUACAACCGGUAGCAGAGAAGAUAAAAGGCAAUAAACACCUUGUUAUUAUUCCCUAUAAUGAAAUCAGUUACCUGCCGUUCGAAUUAUUAAGAGAUGAAAAAACGGCGUCAUUGCUGCUGCAUCAGUUUGCCAUCAGCUAUCAUUAUUCAGCCAACUUUUUAUUUGAUGAACCAGCUUCGGUACAGCAAGCAUACAAUGUGCUGGCAAUGGCGCCCUUUACAGAAGGGGAAACCAGCAGUGAUAUACUUCCUGCAUUGCCCUCUUCCGGUGCAGAGAUUGCGCAGCUGCCUGGUAAGCAACUUAUGGGUGCCGCUGCUACAAGGGCGCAGUUUAUUGCGUUGGCCAGUCAGUACCCUGUCAUUCACCUGGCCACCCAUGCCGUGGCCAACGAUGCAGACCCCACGGGUUCAUAUAUUGAGUUUUACGGUAAAAAAGCGGAUGCUGAUACAGCGCAUCGCCUGUAUGAAAAAGAAAUCUAUAACCUUAAUAUGAAGUCUGCCGGCCUGGUUAUCUUAAGUGCCUGCGAAACGGGUAAUGGCCAGCUGGUAAAUGGUGAAGGUGUGGUGAGCCUUUCAAGGGCAUUCUCCUAUGCCGGUUGCAAAAGUGUAAUUACUUCUUUAUGGAAGGCGGACGAUGCCGCUACUGCUUUUAUUAUGAAGCAGCUGCACGCCUACCUUCAGCAGGGCUUCCAUAAAGACAUCGCCCUGCAGAAAGCCAAGAUUGACUAUCUCAACAGUUCUGCAACAGAAGACCGUUACAAAGGUCCUUCUUAUUGGGCGCACCUGGUAUUAAUUGGCAAUCAUGAUGCAAUAGUAAGUACUGGUAAGCGGUGGUAUAUUGCCCUGAUGAUUGGCGCCCUACUGCUGGCGGCCGGUGUAUUCAUCUAUUUAAAAAGAACACGGGUGCAGUAA